AAGAAUUCAACAUGGGAAAAUGCAAGAAUUGCUAUGAAAAAUAUGAAGAAUUUUCGGAAGGUCGUUUUGAAAAGCUUGGCGUUUUUAUUUCAAAUCAUCCGAGAAAAAUUUUGGCCAUUUGUAUUGCAGUUAAUUUAUUGUUUUUGAUUGGUUUCAUUAAUUUUUCGGUUGAAAAUGAUGUUGAGAUCUUGUACACACCAGAAAAUAGCCAGGCAUACAAAGAUCGUGAAUUUUUGAAAAAAGUUUUUUCUGACCCAACAACAGGGAAUUUCGAAUCUUAUCAGCUAUCGUCACUUGGGAGAUACGCAGACAUAAUGAUUAUUUCAAAAAACAGAUCAAACAUUAUGAAUCAAUAUUAUGUUGAUGAAAUAAACAAUAUCGACAGAUUCAUCCAGAAUUCUAUUAUUUUUCAAGAUCCAAGUUUGUCAAGCAUAAGAUACCCUGACAUAUGCGCCAUAGGCACUUCCGCUUGUGGAAUACUUGGCAAAAUUGUUUUGAAGACUAAUUUUCAACAACAGUUUAUAUCAAAAAAUGUUACUUAUCCAACGUUUAUGUCAGAGAUAAUUUCACCUAUUUUUGCAAAUCCGGAGAGCAAAAAUAACGUUCUUAUUUCUACCAUCGGCGUGAAGUUGCGAUAUUUUCUUCGACAAAAUACAUCAUUGUCCAUAGGAUGGGAAAAAACGUAUUUAGAACAGAUUGCAAAAUUAAAAACAAACAUCACAGACAUUGCAUUUGCAACUUCAGAUUCUCUUGGUACAGAGCUUGAUAAAAAUACGAAUAGUGACAUUAAAUUUUUCUCUCUAACUUUUACGCUCAUGAUGACUUAUGCUUGUUUGGCCUCUGCAUCUUCUUGGAUAAAAUGUAACAAUGUUGCAAACAGAAUGAAUUUGGGUAUAGCAGGAGUGAUGACACCAGUCCUAGGGAUCGGAUCUGCUCUUGGAUUUGUCAGCGGAAUCGGAGUAAAAUUCACUAAUAUUGUAGGAGUCAUGCCAUUCUUAAUAAUCGGUAUUGGUAUUGACGAUAUGUUUAUUUUGAUGUCUGGAAUGGCCGAAGCACCAUCUCUCCUGACAAAUACAGUUGAAAAUAGAAUGGGUUAUAUGUUAAAAAAGAGUGGAAUAGCUAUUACAAUUACCUCCCUAACUAAUCUUUUGGCAUUUUCUAUUGGAGCAACGUCUGUAUUCAUCAGUAUCAGGAAUUUUUGUAUAUAUACAGGAAUGGCAGUCCUCCUUUGUUACUUCAAUCAACUUUUUUUCCUAUCUCCGUCAAUUUGUCUGAAUGAACAACGAACAAGUGAACUGAGGCAUUACUGUAUAUGUUGUCUGAAAGUAACUCAAGAGAAUCCAGCAGAAAUAGACAGAAAACAAAAACGUGUGUGUAUGUCUGGUUCAAUUCCAGAGAGCAGAAAAGACGUUGAAAGUUUUUUGGAAAAAUAUCCAAAGAAAAUUGCUAUCAUAAUAUUAUCGCACAUUGUAGGGAAAAUGAUGAUUUGUAUUGUGUUUGUAGCAUAUAUUGUAUCAGCUAUCUAUGGAGCGAUUCAUAUGAAACAAGGUUUACUAUUGUACAAUUUGGUUGCGGACAAUUCUUACUUCUAUACGUACAGCUCUUGGGAUGAUAAGUUUUACACAGUGGAACCGGUUAUCGCAUUAUGCAUUAAAACUGAACAAAAAUAUUCAAUAACCUCAACACAGUCUCUCAUAGCGGAUAUCCUGGAUAAAGCAAAACAAGACCCUAAGAUAGAUGAUAACUUUGAAAUCAAUUGGUUGAAAGCAUAUAAACUGUCACCAUUUUACAAUAUAACAACUGAAACUGGUUUCGUAAAUGGUUUAUAUAAUUUUCUGAAUAAUGCCGCCCGCUUCAAAAAUGAUAUUAUAUUUGAUAAUUCCAGAACAAAAAUUAUUUCAUCGAAAUUCUAUGUGAAAGCCAACAACAUAAAAACCACACAAGACCAGGGUUCACUAAUGAAACGAUUGCGUGAAAUCAGUGAAAAGGCGAGAUUUUCAUGCUUCUUUUACACUCCAGCUUUUAUAUUUUUUGAACAAUUUGUUCAAAUAUUGCCUAGUACUUUACAAACAGUUGGUAUCGCGGUCGCAGUUAUGUUGGUUGUUACAUUUAUUUUUAUGCCCAAACCAUUGAUAAUUUUCAUUGUUGCACUUACUUUAGUAAGUAUUAUCGUUGGGAUAUUUGGUUUCAUGUACUAUUGGGAUCUUACUUUAAGCUCAAUCACGAUGAUCCAUCUUGUUAUGAGUGUUGGAUUUUCUGUAGAUUUUACUGUUCAUGUGUGUCAUGCUUUUUUGACAGUUAGGCAUGAAAACAAUUUAAUUCAACGGGCCCUUGAUUUAUCGGGCGGGCCAGUUUUUAAUGCUGCUUUAUCAUCUUUGCUAGGAAUUUUCAUGCUUGCCUUUUCAAGUAGUUACGUAUUUACCUCUUUUGGAAAAGUAAUGUUUCUUGUCGUGAUUUUUGGUCUGCUUCACGCAGCAUUUUUUCUUCCUCUGCUUUUGUAUGUUUUGAUUUCUGUUGCAAAUAGGAAGAAUGUGGUUGCACAAACACAUGAAAAGACACAACAAAGGGUGGAGUCUCAGAAAGAAAACUCGAACGAUAUAAAAUUAGACAAUUUACAAAAGGAAUUGUAA